AGAAACACGCCACGUAUUGAAACGCCGGUUCUAGCAAGUUGGAAAAGGCGGGCGGGUUCUACACUCCUCUACCAACCAACCACCAUUUUCAAUCCUACUUAGUUUAGCGUUGCAAGUAACUCUCCCUCCCACUCUUACCUUUCAAACCCGUAAAGUCAUGAGCUUGGUUCUGGAACCUCCGCCUCCACCUCUAUCCAAAUCCAAAACCGGUGCUCCGCUCAAACGCUGCUUCACCUCCAUCCGCACCGCUUUACCUCCGCCAAACCAUCGAUUCAGAGCCUCUCGUUUUCCACUGCAUCCGACUUCCAGCUCUAGACCAACUGUUACUGUGGUUCUAAAGACGGAGAAGGAAAAAAAUGCGGUGACGGAGCAAAAAGACCCGCCGGUAAGGAUUGUGGCAGUGGUCGGCCAAGGAAGCGUCAGCCCAUUAAAAUGCACCCCCUGGGAGGAGGUUAUGAUGCACACCGCAAAAAGAUUGAAAUGGGUGGAUGAAGGAUAUGAAAUGGUUGUUGUCACUGACAAUUUCCAUCAAUCUAAUGAUCAAACAGCCAUGGACCUGCAAAAGGAAUUGGCUUGUGCAGAUAUUUUGCUAGUUGUAGCUGUUACUAAUCAAGACUCGGUGAAAUGGAUUGGGACAAAUAGCGGAAACAUCCCUAACGUAAUCUGCUUUGAAUCCGAUCCGGGUUUGGUUAACAAAUUAGGAGGCUCUUAUGUCCACAGUGAAAUGAAAGGAAGUAUCUUUGACAAAGUGGUGGGAAUUUCUCAACUGAAGAAAACAGAUGAAACAAAGGAAGUUGUGCAAACCGUAUCGGAGGCAUGGGACCGGUGUAAUUCUGACGAUAUAAGGUUCUGUUUGUUGGUUAUUAUCAAUGCUUAUAUUCAGCCAGUCCCGACCUUGAAGAACUUGAGAUCAAAGGGCUUUUCAACCCUGAACUGUAUGGUGAAGAAUUGUGGACCUCAGAUAUUGGAUUGUCUUAUGGAUCCGAAUUGUAGGAAAGCACUUCAAUGCUUGAACAAAUGCAGCCCUGUAGAUCAGGUGUGUAAUUAUCGGUGUAUUGCUUCAUUUGAAAGUCCGAAACUAGAAGCAUUUUCUCUGUGUGUUCUUCAGAAAAACAAUUGUCUUGAUUUAGAUGCGAAGAUCCCCGAAAAGCCGUACGUGCAGCCUAUGCUUAAGUUUCGAGGGAAGGACUUGUGCCAUGAAACCGCCGAAGAUUUAUUUGUUGGUUGGUUGGGGAGUUUGGAUUGGAGUUGGCGAGUCGUAGCAGGGCAGAACCCAGCCUAUGAUCAGUUCCCAUGUCAGUACCAGCUAUUUUACAGGGGAAAGGCGAAGGGAUCGUUUUGGUACGAGCCAGUUUUUCAGGUUAAAACUUUAGAAGGAGAAUUGGUUUGGAGGCGUCGUAAAUAUCGAGUCAAGAGAGCAAACGUUCCAGGGACAUUUUACUUCAGUGUCUUGGAUAACGGGGUUGUUUCGAAGGAGUAUUGGACAAUCGUAGAUGUAUCAGAAGAUUUUAGUUGGGGUCUGUUCCAUUACCAUGGGGCAGCACGAGUGGCCGGACAAUCGUACACUGGAGCGGUGCUGGUUAGUCCGGAUGGGACAUACCCUAAACAGACACAGAGCAACAGAUUAUCUUCAGCUUUGGAGAAAUGUGGAAUUAAGGAAUGGGAAUUAUAUACGGUUGAUAACUGUGCAUGCCAAGAUCCUCCAUUAGGAAUUCCAGAAGGUUCAAGUUUACAUUCAAUGCUUGAUGCAAAAGACCAGAGCUGGAGCUCAGUUUAAGGAUGGCCUAAUGUUCAUAAAUUCCUACAGGGAAUAGGGGAGUAUCGAAGUUAAAAUGUGAUAUUUUGAUUUUUUCUUCUUGAUACCUAAAACUAGCUUUUAAAGUCUUUCACUAAUGAUUGAUAGGGCCGUUCCACAUAGAACCACCCUCCAAAAAUAGGCGUAUGCCGCCAAGAGCGGCGAGCACACGGUAUUCUUUAGUAAAAGGCGAAAGAAUAGUUCGCUUUGUGCUCACCGCACGGCUCCGUGACUUGCAUACCUCCAUUAGCUCUUUAAUUUAUGGAAGUGGGUUGGGAUGCGAUUUUAUGUAUUGUGGCGAUGUGGGAUCCUUUUCCUCCAAUUUCGACUGUUUUUAGGGUUUAGGGGCAUGCAGUUCUCCACUCCUCUCCUAAAUUACACACUUUUCUAUCACGUUUUCCUCUCAUUUUUUAAUCCUUUAAUUUUAUAAGCUAAUAUGGUACAAUAAAUUCCUAAUCCUAUGUUUGUUUUUUAUUGGAUUUUUGUCUUGUUUGAAUAAAUAUAUCUCCUACUUUUCUUUGAAA